AUUAUUUAUUUAUUUUUUUAGGUGUGGAAUAUCAAGCAAAUGAUUAAAUUGACACAGGAACAUAUAGAGGCCCUAUUGGACAAAUUUGGUGGGGAGCAUAAUCCACCAUCAAUAUACUUGGAGGCCUAUGAAGAGUACACCAGCAAGCUAGAUGCCCUCCAGCAAAGAGAGCAACAGCUGUUGGAGUCCCUGGGGAAUGGAACUGAUUUUUCUGUGUCUAGCUCGGCAUCAAUGGAUACCGUUACAUCCUCCUCCUCUUCUAGCCUUUCAGUGCUACCUUCCUCUCUCUCAGUUUUUCAAACUCCCACAGACGUAUCACGCAACAACCCCAAGUCACCACAGAAACCCAUCGUUAGAGUCUUCCUGCCCAACAAACAGAGGACAGUGGUACCCGCAAGAUGUGGUGUUACAGUCCGAGACAGUCUAAAGAAAGCACUGAUGAUGAGAGGUCUGAUCCCAGAAUGCUGCGCUGUUUACAGAAUUCAAGAUGGAGAGAAGAAACCCAUUGGCUGGGACACUGAUAUUUCCUGGCUUACUGGAGAAGAGUUGCAUGUAGAAGUGCUGGAGAAUGUCCCACUUACAACACACAACUUUGUACGGAAAACUUUUUUCACGUUAGCGUUCUGUGACUUUUGUCGAAAGCUGCUUUUCCAGGGUUUCCGCUGUCAGACUUGUGGCUAUAAGUUCCACCAGCGCUGUAGCACGGAGGUCCCACUGAUGUGUGUCAAUUAUGACCAACUGGAUUUGCUGUUUGUCUCCAAGUUCUUUGAGCAUCACCCAGUAACACAGGAGGAGGCUUCCUUAGCAGAGACUGCCCUUACAUCGGGAUCUCCUUCUGCACCCCCCUCAGACUCUAUUGGGCCCCAAAUCCUCACCACUCCAUCUCCUUCAAAAUCCAUUCCAAUUCCACAGCCCUUCCGACCAGCAGAUGAGGAUCAUCGAAAUCAGUUUGGGCAGCGAGACCGGUCCUCCUCAGCUCCCAAUGUUCAUAUAAACACAAUCGAACCUGUCAAUAUCGAUGAAAAAUUCCCAGAAGUGGAAUUACAGGAUCAAAGGGAUUUGAUUAGAGACCAGGGGUUUCGUGGUGAUGGAGGAGGGUCAACUACAGGUUUGUCUGCCACCCCACCUGCCUCUUUACCUGGCUCGCUCACUAAUGUGAAAGCCUUACAGAAAUCUCCAGGACCUCAGCGGGAAAGGAAGUCAUCAUCAUCCUCAGAAGACAGAAAUCGGAUGAAAACACUUGGUAGACGAGAUUCAAGUGAUGAUUGGGAGAUUCCUGAUGGACAGAUUACAGUGGGACAAAGAAUUGGAUCUGGAUCAUUUGGAACUGUCUACAAGGGAAAGUGGCAUGGUGACGUGGCAGUCAAGAUGCUGAACGUGACAGCACCCACACCUCAGCAGUUACAGGCCUUCAAAAAUGAAGUCGGAGUGCUCAGGAAAACGCGGCAUGUGAAUAUCCUACUUUUCAUGGGCUAUUCAACAAAGCCACAGCUGGCGAUUGUGACCCAGUGGUGUGAGGGCUCCAGCCUGUAUCACCAUCUCCACAUCAUUGAGACCAAAUUUGAGAUGAUCAAACUUAUAGAUAUUGCACGGCAGACCGCACAGGGCAUGGAUUACUUACACGCCAAGUCAAUCAUCCACAGAGACCUCAAGAGUAAUAAUAUAUUUCUUCAUGAAGACCUCACGGUAAAAAUAGGUGAUUUUGGUCUAGCCACAGUGAAAUCUCGAUGGAGUGGGUCCCAUCAGUUUGAACAGUUGUCUGGAUCUAUUUUGUGGAUGGCACCAGAAGUAAUCAGAAUGCAAGAUAAAAACCCAUACAGCUUUCAGUCAGAUGUAUAUGCAUUUGGGAUUGUUCUGUACGAACUAAUGACUGGCCAGCUACCUUACUCGAACAUCAACAACAGGGAUCAGAUAAUUUUUAUGGUGGGACGAGGAUAUCUAUCUCCAGAUCUCAGUAAGGUACGGAGUAACUGUCCGAAAGCCAUGAAGAGAUUAAUGGCAGAGUGCCUCAAAAAGAAAAGAGAUGAGAGACCACUCUUUCCCCAAAUUCUCGCCUCUAUUGAGCUGCUGGCCCGCUCAUUGCCAAAAAUUCACCGCAGUGCAUCAGAACCCUCCUUGAAUCGGGCUGGUUUUCAAACGGAAGAUUUUAGUCUGUAUGCUUGUGCUUCUCCUAAAACACCCAUCCAAGCAGGGGGAUAUGGUGCGUUUCCAGUCCACUGAAACAAACUAAAUGAGUGAGACAUUAAAGAGAAUUUGCAGCCUUCAAGUAGCCACUCCAUCAUGACAGCAUCUGCUCUUUAUUUCUUGAGUCUUGUGUUCAUACAAUUUGUUAACAUCAAAACACAGUUCUGUCCCUCAAAUCAUUUUUUAAAAGAUACAAAAUUUUCAAUGCAUAAGCUCGUGUGGAACAGAGUGGAAUUUCCUAUUCAACAAAGGAGGGAAGAAUGUUUUAGGAAUCAGAAUUCUCUGCUGCCCGUGUUUCUUCUUCAACACAAAUAUCACCUGCAUACAAGU